AAACAUGGAAAGGAUAUUUUGAGGACCGGCUUCCUAAAGAUUUUUUUAUUUAUACAGGAUUAGUUUUGCCCUAUAAACAUUGUUGUGGUUGAAGCUUGUGCCGCACUUCCCGUUAGGUGGGCGGGGAGAGAAGUCGACUUCUCCGCCUACCAGCAUUCAGCAGACUCGCACUACUCCUCCUCAAGGACAGACGGCGUAGGACGAUAAUCGCGGUGGUUUUGAGAGGAAAAUGCCUCAUAUUGCAAGAAAACCUUGAAAUAACUUAUAAGCAUUACAAGACACUGGGAGAAUACAAUUUUGUUUUUCUAAGCGGAUUCUUUCGCGUAUAUUUUCGUGUAUUUGGCUUCACCGCGGGAGCAUUUCAUUGUGGCCGAAGAGAGGAUCCUUGUCUCUCCUUUUGUCUGUGCGUUUUUGUUUAUUCAUUUUGGUGAACUUCUGCCUCCCGCGGUGGAAAUCAACAAGAGCUUUCAUUUUUAUUUUCAGCGUACAGUUCAAAUGGAAUGAAUGACAAAGUCAAAGGAGGUUGAUGUCCACAACACCCCGGCUCACCUCUCCUUCGCCUCGCCCAGGGAACGGAGACUCCAUCUACGGCAGAAGAUGGAAAGCGGAGGCGGGAGAGAGAGCUCGGUCAGCGGGCAGGCGCAGAACGCGGAGCUGCCUGCUAUAUUGUUAGCUCAGGGAGGAAAGAAGAAAAUUAAUCGUGCUCCGUCACCGGCAAGACCCAAGGAUGUACCCGGGUGGUCCCUCACGAAGAUCCGCGGUGGUAUUGGAGCCCCUAGUCUGAGCGUGAAGCCGGGAUCUAUCCACCUGGGGAGCCGCGUUUCCAGGAGGAGCCCCGUAGGAAGUCUCAGUGGGAAAGACGCUAAAGCCGAUAAGAGCGGUGGCAAAUCGGGUGCCAAGUCUUCCGCUUCCUCCAAAAACCCGGCUAACAAGAUGGCACAAAAUAGCAGCGUUGCACGCAGGAGGGUUUCGGACGCCAGCAUUGGCUCGGAUGACCUGUCCAAGGAUUCCGGCUGCGCCGCUGGGAAGCUCUCCCCCACCGACAGCAGCUCGGAAUUGUCCGACUGUGCAUCCGAGGAACACAAACUCUCCACGGACGCCCCCAGCAGUGACACCGACUCGAGGAGCAGUCGGGGUGGCGGGCUGGACGGAGACAAUCCGCUCGGCAACGGAACUAGCCAAGUACUAGCCGAGGCUAAAAGCUCCACGGAGGCUGGCGACAAGGACCGACUCUCCAUUGGUGUUGAGGUCGGCGAGGAGAGCGCGUCUCCGGCUGAGGAACGUUCCGUCACCUCGGUGGACAGCCGGAUGCCAGCUAGCACAUCUCUGGCCUUCUCUGACCUCACCGAGGAGUUUGGGGACGAUAUGCAAGAGGAGUUUGUGAGGGAAAUUGAAGAGUUGAGAUCUGAGAACGAUUACCUCAAAGAUGAGAUGGAAGAAUUGAGAUCUGAAAUGCUGGAGAUGAGAGACAUGUACAUGGAGGACGAUGUCUACCAGCUCCAGGAACUGCGGCAACAGCUGGAGCAGGCAAACAAGACCUGCCGCAUUCUGCAGUAUCGGCUGAGGAAAUCGGAGCGGCGCUCCCUCCGAGUGGCCCAAACAGGGCAAGUGGACGGUGAACUGAUUCGAACCCUGGAGCAAGAUGUCAAAGUGGCGAAGGAUGUGUCAAUCCGUCUCCACAGUCAGCUGGACAGUGGAGAGAAGAAGAGGGCCUGUCUGGAGGAGGAAAAUGAGGAACUCAGAGUCCAACUGCAGGAUCUGGAGGUUGCCAAACAGGUCCUGCAGCAGGAGAUGGACAAGAACUCACUCAAGAAAAGAGGAGCGCGACCCAACAACAAACCGGACAAGAAGCUCGCUCCACAGGAGGACAGCUCAGACCUGAAGUGUCAGCUCCACUUCGCCAAAGAGGAAUCAGCCUUGAUGUGCAAGAAGCUCACCAAACUGGUGAAGGACAGCGAGGCCAUGAAGGAGGAACUGGCCAAAUACAGGUCCCUAUACGGAGAUGUCGACGCCUCCAUCACUGUCGAGGAGGUUGCUGACUCCCCCCACACCCGUGAGGCAGAGGUCCGAGUUCACCUGAAGCUUGUGGAAGAGGAGGCCAACUUGCUGAGUCGGCGAAUUGUGGAGCUGGAGGUGGAGAACAGAGGCCUCCGAGCUGAGAUGGACGACAUGAAAGGGCCUCAAGAUGGUCAUCAAGAACUCAGUGGCAUUGGUAAUGGUACAGGGCCCGGCGUUGGGGUAGGUACUUCAUCUGAAAACAUCAUGGAACUUCAGAGACACCUGCAGUUUGUGGAGGAGGAGGCGGAACUCCUGAGGAGGUCCCUGAUUGAGAUGGAAGAACAGAACAAGCUCCUGAUGAAUGAAAUCAACCGCUAUAAAUCUGAGCUGCCGCCGCUGACGGCGCCCCUUACUUCCGGUUCCGCAACGGUGCUUUCGGACAGGGUGCAUCAUGACGGAUCACUUCACUCCAUGCAGGAGGGUGCUGUGCUCAUCAGCCCGGAUGUUUCUCCCCAUGAGGAAGAACUUCGAGUAGCACGGAUUCAGAUUGGAGAGCUCAGUGGGAAGGUGAAAAAGCUGCAAUACGAAAACCGAGUGCUUCUGUCCAACUUGCAACGUUGUGACUUAGCUUCCUACCAGCCUCCGUCUUCCUCCUCAUCUUUACAAGUGGCCCUGGAGACUGAUGAGGAGGCUGGAGAUUCCGCUGAGUGUCUCCCUACCAGUCCACCACACCACAAGCAGCAAUUAGGGGUGCAGAACACCUCCGUGGAGAGCGUUGAACAAAACAACAUGUUGGACAAAGCCCCUGGGCCGAAAGCCUCACCAUCCGGCCUCUUUGCGCUCAAGGACCAUGAUGCUUUGCUUGCCAUGCGGGACCAGGCUCGCCUGAUUUCCACAGCAAUACAGCUACUCACUGCCCCAGAGUCCAACUGCCUCCCAUCCUCACCAUCCAUCUAUCACAAUGUCAUUAGCAAUGAGAUGGGAGAGCCGUGUAACUUGGAAAAAGCCGAGCCUCAAUGCCAGAUCUCCGAGCUUUCUGACUUGGCAGACAGGCCUCUGGUUGGUGCUCUGACCAGCAGGCUGCAGGCACUGCACAGUCAGCUGCAGGUUUUUGUGGAGCGUGUCGACACCCUGGGAAAAUCCUCACUCCCUGCGAGUGAGGGUCAAUCCUCCUUGACCUCACCGGUCAAUCCAUUAUCCUGUUCUGAAGGCAAGCAAGAUACGCUCAAGACUACAGAAGAGAAGCUUGAUUGUAGGGACCAGUCGUUGCCAGGGUUCAGAGGUGAAACAGAAGCAAACAGCUACGCAGAUGACAAUGAGAAAAGAAAUAAGCACACUGAGCAAGCAGAGGAGAAAGACGAGGAAACACAAGACUCACUGUCCACCAAUUUGCAAACCAACCCGUGCGAGGCAAAUGGUUCCAAACAAGUAGAGCUGGAGAAGGAGAUGGAGGCUCACAGAGAAAUGACAAUGAAAUUCUCACAGCUCCACGAAGAACAGCAGAAGGCUCUGCUCCGCCGGGACUUCCAACUGCAGAGUUUGGGCCUCCAGGCUCGGCUCCAACACAAGUUAUGGGGCCAAGAGAGAACUCUGCUGGUACAGGAGUCCCAGCAGCUCAAACAAGCACUGUUGCUGCUCAGUCUCAAGCUACGCUGCUUCCUCAAACAGUGGCGGUUGGGCUGCAAGAAGGACACUGACUUGAAAGACAUUCUGGAGAUGAACAACCUGAAGGACCUCUAUCUUUUAUUGCGGGAGGAUAACCUGACGGGGAAAAAAGCCGAUGGAGAUCAGGAAGAACUUGGACCAGAAAUCGAGUUGAGUGCUGUGAGCAGCACCCUGGCGGACUUAAAGGUAGCGCUGCAGGACCUCAGUGGUGAGAUGCGACAGGAACAGCAAGGCUCCCAGGAACUCACACAGCAGUUUGCAAAGGCCAAGGCAUCGUGGGAAGUGGAGAGGACCGAACUUAAAAGUCUCAUCACGCAGCUUGAAACCAAAGCAGCCAAGGCACCAAGCGUGUCCUCUGCUGAACCGAUGGACCCGCCUGACCUGAAGGUGGCACUAAAGAGGGAGCGUGAGGAGCACCAACACCUCUUGGCAGAGUCCUAUGCAGCCGUGAUGGAUUUGACAAAACAGCUUCAGAUCGGAGAGAGAAACUGGGGCAGGGAGAAGUUGGAGCUGUUGGAAAGGUUCAGCCAGGAGAGAGCUCAGUGGGAGCAGAGGCUGAGAGAGACCAAGUCAUCAGUUGCUGAGUCAUCUACAGACACCCUUGUUGUCACUGGUGGAGCAGGAUCACCAAGGACCAAAUCGACAGCAGCGCUGGAUUGCCUUGACUUCAGGACCACAGUUGACCUGAGGGGCUUCGUUCACUUAGUCACCCCACCUCCUUUGAUUUGUCCACAGCUGAAUAAUUUCAACAAGAAGAAUUGGACCUAUCUGACGAAUGAGACCCCAAAUGUCGGGGAUACCUGCAAAACCUGGGAUGGCCCAACCGCUAGUGUCUCCUGCAGCAACUUAGUGGGAUCACCACUACAUCUGGACUGUGUCCAGAUGAGCCACACAGCUCCAGAAAGCACCGGAAUCCGGAUGUACUACAGCCCCCCUGCUGUGCGACGCAUGGAACACCAACGAAGCAAGCGGGUGGCCGGCGAGGUGCACGGCAACAUCGAUGGGGGGUCUACCAUCGGUCUGAGUGCUUCUGAGGCAGGCCCGGCUGAGUUCCAGCAGUCCGCGUCUUGCUUUUCGUCGUCCUAUGAGCAGUGGCUGAGCUCUCUAUCCAAGCAGCAUCGAGAGCUGCUGGAGAAUAGGAGUGGCUGCCCUGCUGCUUCCCUCACCGCGGUGGUCAACAGUGGUGUGGCGAACAGCGUGGCUGAUGCGAUGACCUCAUCGGCGUUCCACGACUUGGAAAUGGGGGAGAUUGCCGCCAACUUGAGUGAUGAUAUGAAAGAGAUGACCAACUGCGUGCGGCAUGCCAUUCGCUCCUCAUCGCUGGAGAGGAAAUCUGGCAAGGAACCUGCAGUCGGCGUGUCUACCAGGUCCACGCAAACAGCUCCUCAAUGUGUCAGCAUCGGGCUUCAAACUGACACCCUUGGCAGCGGCAGGAGCCCAGGUUUGCACACCAAAGCCUGGUCUCCCCGGCCCUCAUCUACAACCACCUCCCCGUUGGCGUCGGCACGAACGAGACAGAUAUCAACGUCUCUGGAGAAAGUUCACAGCCGAGUCGAUAGGCCCUGUUGCUCACCCAAGUUUGGGUCCCCGAAGCUCCAGCGCCAUGUGUCCUCAGGCUCCACCUCCAGACUGGACGGGACGCCUUCGUCACGAGAGCGCAGCCUAUGGAGCCUCCAGCAGAGAACCAUCAGUGGGGGUGGCGGCUCGGCCUGGGCGCGCUCAACCACCACCAGGGACAGCCCCGUGCUGAGCGGCCUCAACGACGGCCUCUCCAGCCUCUUCAGUGUGGUGGAACAUCCGGGAAGCACAGAGACGCUCUGCAGGGCUGACGGAGGUGCCAGUCCAGCGCGACACCCUCCUGCCGCAGGGAAACCCUCCUGCGCGUCCGUCUGUGGAUCUGAACCAAACACUCAGCGCUUUGGAGGCCUUGUCCAGGAGUUCCUGAAAACCGUUUGCAGCGGCCGGAGCCAGGCAGGCGUUAACCUGCCAGGAGAGAGAAUGCAAAGAGACACCCUCCUUGGAGGAGGCUUUAACUGCGUGGAUGAACUCAAGCCAGAAUGUCCGCCAGCUCCUGUGGGAGGACUCGGAGCCUUGGCUGGACUGUGUGGAGGCAACGACAACGUGACCAGGAUUGUCAACAAGCGCUUCAUGAGACAGACGGCCGGUGACGAGAUGGUCAGUAUCAUGGGAGGAGGAGGGAAGGACGGCAUGGGCAGCGCUGGCUCUGCAGGAUCUGGAACAGAGGAAGGACCGUGUGACUGCAUCGCCCCGUCCCAUUGUCCCACCCGACCUCGAGGCCCUCGUAACUCGCCGGGACAGUGCAAGCACCGUCUGCACGAGACAGCGACUUCAAUUGAUGAGAAGGGAGACACCUUGACAGAGUGACAAUGGUGCUUCUGACACACACACACACACACACACACACACACACACACGCAGUUGUUCUCAGACACUGCACAUGACUGCCAUGCCAUCAUCACACAUUCACUCCCAUCCAUCACUCAAGCUGCCAAACUUAUCACACACUGCUCUACACACAUUCCUGUAACACACACAUUCAUCCGACUCACAAUACUCAGUGUCUGUAGUUCUCACACCAGGAGACUGGACCUCAGACACCUUUUACCAGCAGGACAUUCAGAUGAUUACCACUAUGGACCUAACAUUACAGCACGGAGUUGUUACAACAAUAUCUUGGUGGGCCUCAACGAAUGAAUGUAGUCUCUCCUCUCCCCUCCCCCCCACCCCACCUGCAUGUGCCCCUUUGAAGUUAACAAACACAUAGAGGAGAAUUUUUUUAGGGCCAAAAGCCUUCGCUCUCACUGCUUGAGUGAGAUGACUCUUUUUACAAAAAAAAUGCACCAAUUGAAGACUUCAACAACAUUUGGAAUCUGGAGACCUUUUCUCCAAAUGUGGGACCAUUGGGUUAUAUAAUAAUGUUUUUGUCGAUGAGAAGGGAACAACAACAUCAGCUGUUAUCCACAAUUGACAUUUUUUUCUGCUUUUGUUUUGUUUAAUUUGGCCACGGGUCAAGUGCCUGUGUUUUUUCUUUUUUUUUUUUUUUUUUUUUCCCUUUGCUGAUGUCGAAACUCAAGCCGAGGAGAUGACAAUAAUGUGCCACUCGUCAUUACACGCAUGCUCAAGGACGUUUCUUCGGACAAUACACUCAGAUAACUGCUGUAGUGAUUUGGUCCAAGGUAGAUAAAAAUUCCUUGUCAAGCAAACAUUACGACUUUUUAAGGAUGUCAGACAAUCCCCCCUGCCAUCUUCAUGCGUGAAAAUAUGAUCCGUCUUUGACUGCCCACUCGUGUUUUUUCUUCACUCUGAAAUUUUCGUAGCAGCUAGCAGUGCCACGCCGUUGUCAUGGUGAAGUUGUACUCUUCUGUGGCCCCCCCAAUAGUUAGGGCGGGGGGAAACUAUGGCUCAUUUGCAUGAGGCAGAUUCCCCGCCCCCAAAAAGUAUAAUAAUGACAAUUUAAAACAAGGAGAAUUUUAAGCGUACUGUAAUUCUUUAUUCCAUCUUGUAUUUUGACCCAAAAUUGUCAGAGACCUUUUAUGAAAGAAACCUGGUAAAUGUUUUAUAAUUGGGGGGACAUAAUGUCUUUUUUAAAACUAACGAGCCUAUGCCCAUCUUAAACUUGUAAAGGUAUUUGUUGAGUUAGUAGUCAGGAAAAAAACUGCGCUUAUGAUUACUUUGUAUUAUUAGUAGUAGUACAAAUGUACACUGAGGAGGUUAACGCUGGUGAAAUUCGCAUUUGCAAAAACAAAAUGCAACAAUAUUUUCACAAUGUCAGACAAUGAAAAGAAAACAUUUUAAGUAGACCCUGAAAGAAAAUAAAUGUACUUCACUUACAGUCAAACAAACAAAUUUAGCAAAACCUUUUAAUUGUUUUUAACAUAAUUUGCUCCUCACAAAUGCUGUGAGUCAGCGUCCCAAUUGGAAAAAAAGUUCAGGUCAGCGUCAUCAAAUCAGAAAAGCAAAAAAGAUAAAACAGAGACCAAUAAAUCAAACUUUGCUGUACAUGUCGCAUUCCACAUUGUCGUCAUGCAUCAUCUCCAUGAUUAAGAUCAGCUGAUAAUUGAAGUGCCUGUAACGUAGAACCAAACCAACAGGCCUUUCUUUGAUUUCAAUGACCGAGAUUGAAUGCACAAAAAAAAAAAAUAAAAGUUGCGGACGUUAAAAUGCCGGAUGUCCAACAGCAGAGGGACAACAAACAAACAGUUUACAGGAUUACAAUAGGAGAAGAUUUCUAGUCCACAUUUUAUACCAAUGUUAUUUCUGGAAAGCUUUUUUUUUUCCAUUUAGUUUUUGUUAUUUUCAAUACAUAUAUAUAUAUAUAAAGUCCAGUAUAUAUGGUUAUUUUUGGGGCAGGUAUACUGUACUACCUGGUUCUUUCUAGCUUAUCUGUGUUUCCACUUUUUGUAAUUGGCCGUCGGUCUUAAAAGGAGUUUACGCAUCCUGCGGUAGCAAAUCACAUUGCUUGGAUAAAGACCUCAUGAAAAUAUAUUUAAUAUACUAUUUAGCUGGAUUGUUACAAAUGGAAAGGUGUGAAAAUGCGUGUACAUUUUGUGCUUUAGUUGCAUCGCGUAUCUAAGAAGCACAUUUAGACUUUUGUUACAAACGAUAUCGCUAGACAUGGCGGGAGCAUAAAAUGGCAAACAAAAAAAUUGCAUGGAAGAAUUGUUUUUAUUUUUCCUUUCUCUCUUUAUUUUAUUCUAAUAAAAGUAAAUAUUCUUUGUUGUUCCAUACAUCAUCAAGCCAUUUCCAUUCAUUCCCCAAAUUUCUUUCAGAUGCGUCAAUUGAACAAUUCAAAGUUAUAAGUGUCGUCAUUUUUCCAUUUCUUGACUAAAAAAAUGUGUUUACAGUUGUCAUAGAUACCAGCUGUUCAGGAAACUACCUAAACAUUUUUGUCCUCAUCCCAUCGAUUGGCAAUAUGUACAUGAAUUUCUUAGCUGUUAUUAGCUCAUAUUUAGACUUGUAUCCAAACACUGACCAUAUCUGUAAAUUAGCUAGAAAUAUUACCUCCACUAUGCUUGACUUUUUCAUAAUGAAUCCCUCAUUCAAAAAUGAGAAUGCAAUGAAAGCCACAUGUUUUUAGAAUAAGGAAACUAAUUGAAGCAUUUUGUAGAUUGAUUAGAUUUUUGUUGUUGAUAGUUGAGAAAAGCUGAAUGUCAACAGCCGAUCUGGAUGCGUGUCGCUGUAGAAAUAUGUAGCGCUCAACUUUAACGCAUCACACGUGAGUAUUUCCUGUGUACAUAUGUAGUGGCUUCGGAGUCUGAAGCGGGUGAAAAACACACACACAAAAAAACAAACUAAGACCAGUCAUUCUAAGAGGGCUUUUAAAAAAGAUUUUUUCUCUUUACUUUUUUGGACCAAUGUAGCUUUUAAAAGAAAAGUAGUCUAACUGCCCACUGUGUUUUGCCAUAGAAUUCACAAAUAAAUGUUGGAAUUUUCAUACUG